UUUGUGAAUCAAAAUAAACAAGAGAAGGAAAGAGUUGGGAAGGAGAAGAAAAUGGUAGUAAAGGUUUAUGGUCCAGUGCGAGCUGCCUGUCCACAGAGGGUUCUGGCUUGCCUUUUGGAGAAGGAUGUGGAAUUUGAGAUUGUUCAGCUUGAUCUUGAUUCCGGCGAGCAAAAGCAACCUCACUUCCUUCUCAAACAGCCAUUUGGCCAAGUUCCAGUCGUAGAGGAGGGUGAUUUCCAGCUUUUUGAAUCUAGGGCAAUCAUAAGGUACUACGCAUCGAAGUAUGCUGAUCGUGGAUCAAAUCUACUUGGUAAUACAUUCGAAGAGAGAGCUGUGGUGGAUCAAUGGCUAGAAGUGGAAGCCCACAACUUCAAUGAUUUGGUGUACAAUCUGGUGUUUCAACUCGUGAUUCUGCCGAGAAUGGGGCAGCACGGGGACUUGAAGUUAGCCCGCAGCUGUGAGCAGAAGCUAGAGAAGGUGCUAGAUGUGUAUGAGCAAAGGUUGUCCAAAAGCAAGUAUCUUGCUGGAGAAUCAUUUACACUUGCUGAUUUGAGCCAUUUGCCUGGCAUUAGAUACCUGGUGAAUGAAGCUGGAAUGUAUCAUUUGGUGAAAGAGAGGGAGCAUGUUAAUGCUUGGUGGCAGGAUAUUUCAAGCCGUCCUGCAUGGAAGAAAUUGAUGGAACUUGCUGGUUUCUAGUUGGCACUCGUCCCUAAGAUAAUCUAUGUGUACUGUCGUCCAAAUAAUUUCAGACUAUUUUCAUCGUGUACUAGGUAGUUGAUGUUGGUAAUGUAAUGUUUUUAAUUUAGUUUAUUAUAGUCUAUUAAAUAAAACAUAAUUUGUUAUUGUUA